AUGGAUCUACAGGGCAAAGAAGCCCGGAAGGACGAGGGCGAAAGGCCGCUCGAGUACGGUGCCGGUCGUUCAAAAGAGUAUCACAAGAACGAGGGGCGGGAUGCGCAAACCCACGAUGACCGCAAUUCGAUGAAUCCACUCCGGCGGCGCCAGUCACCAUUCUCCUACCCUCAUGGGUCGCAAAAACCCUCCGUGACUCGGCCGCGGGAGCCUUCACCCUCCCCCGAGGCCAUCGGGAUUCCCCAAAUGCUGGGGCUAAGCUCCCGCGAUCAGCGACUACUCCGCAAAGCGCGGAGAUCCCCACCGGUCACCAAGAAGACCCUCAGCGAGCUCGAUCUACCCUGUAUCAUGGGUAAUAUUAAUCUCCGCAUGGAUGCCAAUUUCGACCGCGACCUGCACUUCAAGCCGGAUCUGGAUGGGGAAAAAGGCAAACGGAAGAGAAAGGAAGCCGCGGAUUAUUGGGACUCAUUGGCCUCGGAGAUUGCAAUCUACUCGUUCCGCGCCGCACUGGCAGACACUGACAUCGAGGAUGUGGGUGCCAGUGCUGGAGCUCGACGGACCUUCGACCCUCGCUUGCCCGCCUUGUUCGAGACAUUACAGGAUGUCAUCAAAACCCUCGUGCCGGAACGAGACCACCCUACCGUCAUGCAGAACCUGGAAGUUCCGCUACUCAUGCAGCAAAUACGAAAAGGCGUGUUCGACAUGCUGACGCUGGCAACAUGGCUUGCAGCGUUGUUAAAAACACAUUGUGCUCCCAUGCGCGACGAAUGGGCCGAUUGCAUGGUCGAGCAAAUCAAAAAGGGCUCCCAAUCACAGGACCCGAAGGAGAUUGUAAAUGGUCUUCAAACGUUGUUCGCUAUACUGGAAGCCAUGAAACUGGAUGUCGCCAACCACCAAAUCCGAGCGUUCCGUGUUCUCUUAAUCGAGGAUACAGUUCCUUUCCUUCAAGAGUACUUCAAGAGUAAAAUGAAUCGAGGCAGCUUCCAGGCCGAGUCGGCGCGCGAUUGGUACCUCUCCGUUCGGUCCCAGGCCCAAAAAGAAGACGCCGAAGACCAAAAGGCCCCAGCCGAAGCCAACGAAACUCUCAAACCCCUCGAAGCUCUCUUCCGCGGCAUUUCCGACCAGCUCCUUCAGUUCGCACCCCCGACUGAUUUCCCCGAGACCUUCCUCUUCGACUCCGAACGCCUCUGGCAACUCCGCUCCACCGUCCAAAACCUCAUCAACCUCGAUAUCGCCUGGUAUAUUUUCGAAUCCUACGUGAACAAGCACAAGCGGUAUCUUUCUGCGCCCGAAGAAACCUACUCCACCUUCCGAUCGCGGAUCUGGUCGCUCAUGGAAGACAGCAUGGAUCUGGAAAAUCGCAUUGCCGGCAACCCCGACAACAACGACGACAAUCCCGACCACCGUGGCGGAAAGCGCUGGACCCAGAACAUGCGCUGCAUCGCACUGGAAAUCGCCCGGUUUGCCUGCGCCGCGUUGCAGCUUGAUGCAGUCGUCGCCGAUGAGGUCAUUGUGCCCAUCGAGGAGGCCCUGGAAUGGCACCUCACCAACGAGUCCAAUCUAUUUGCCUAUUUCCAGGAUGGCAUGCGUGAAAAAGUCCUGUCGGCCACCUUGGCGGCGGCGAAACGCUACCUGCCCCUGUCACCGUUGGCGAUCUGCGAGUCGCAGCGGGUGUCGCCGUCCGCGGUUCCGGUUGGGACUGGCUCGGCCUCUGCGCAGGCCUUGACCCCGCAGCAGCUGGACAUUGAGCGUAUCGGCAUGCGUCUGGCUCACAUGGGUGUUUUGCAUUGGCGUGUUUGGGCGCCGCUGUUGUACCUCCGUGAUGAGAUUGCAACAGCGGAGUUGGAGCCGGCCUUGCUUUGA